AUGGAUAAAAUUAAGGUCAAUUCUCCUAUUGUGGAAUUGGAUGGCGACGAAAUGGCUCACAUAAUGUGGUCACUUAUCAAAGAAAAGCUUAUCUAUCCAUAUCUAGAUUUACCUAUUAAAUAUUAUGACUUGUCUAUACAAAAGAGAGAUGAAACCAAUGAUCAAAUAACCGUUGAUGCGGCUGAGGCUAUUAAAAAAUUUCAUGUGGGUGUAAAGUGUGCCACUAUUACACCAGAUGAAGCCAGGGUUAAAGAAUUCAACCUAAAAAAGAUGUGGGUUUCACCAAAUGGAACAAUUAGGAAUUAUAUUGAUGGCACUUUGUUUAGAGCACCAAUAUUGGCCAAGAAUAUACCAAGAUUUGUGCAAGGCUGGACCAAACCAAUUUACAUUGGAAGACACGCCCAUGCUGAUCAGUAUAAGGCACAAGAUUUCGUCGUUCCAGGGCCUGGGACUGUUGAUUUGAUCUAUACUCCAACUGAUGGUGGCGAAUCUAUUAAAGCAAGAGUUGCAGAUUUCCAAGGAUCCGGUGUAACAAUGGCCAUGUACAACACUGACAUAUCAAUUACUAAUUUUGCCCAUUCUUGCUUCCGCUUCGCCAUAAAGGAAAAAUUGCCCCUUAUGCUAUCCACAAAGAACACAAUCCUAAAAAGAUACGACGGCAGAUUCAAGGAUAUCUUCGAGAAUAUAUUUGAAACUCAUUACAAGGAGGAAUUUGAUAAGCUUGGAAUAUACUACAUGCAUCGUCUGAUUGACGAUAUGGUGGCACAGGCAUUGAAAUCAUCAGGCGGGUUUGUAUGGGCCUGUAAGAAUUACGAUGGGGACGUACAAUCUGAUGUUGUGGCUCAGGCCUUUGGUACAUUAGGCCUUAUGUCAUCAGUUUUGUAUUCCUCCGACGGAAAGAGUUUCUUGGCAGAAGCUGCCCAUGGCACCGUUACUAAGCACUAUAGACAGCACCAACAAGGCCAAGUAACAUCAACAAACCCAAUUGCCAGCAUUGUUGCCUGGGCUAAGGCCUUGGAGUUGCUGGGUGAAAUUGAUAAUAAUGAGAAACUGAUCAGGUUUGCCAAAAGUUUGGAAAAGUGCUCAAUACAAGCUGUUGAGGAUGGUUUCAUGACCAAAGACCUUGCUAUUUUGGCGAAAAAACCCACAUUUUUGGACACCUGUCAGAUGAUUGAGAAGAUUUCUGAAUAUAUUGCUAGGGAUUUUGCUAACAAUUUAACAAAAUAA